UGGAAACUUUCUCAUACUGUGUUGAUGCGAGGCUGAAGGAGACGCGUUUGAUCUGACUCCACAAACACCGCCUUCAAUGACUUCAGCUUGACAUCCACCGGACUUUUCUGGAGGACUUUUCACUCUGAUCCACUGGACUUAAUCUUUGUCAGCACCGAGGACCCAUGAGCCAGAGCAGGAUCGAUAUUCUCUCAUAGAUCAGGUGCAGCUCUGGCUGAAAUGGCCGUGUCACUGUGGUGCCACAGGACGAUCCUAUUGGCUGUGGCCUUCUGCUUCCUGCCUUGCAUCACGUCCUCCCUCAACCUGGAGGAUCCCAACGUCUGCAGCCACUGGGAGAGUUACUCUGUGACGGUGCAGGAGUCGUAUGCCCAUCCCUAUGAUCAGGUUUAUUAUACCAGCUGCACUGACAUCCUGAACUGGUUUAAGUGCACCAGACACAGGGUGAGCUAUCGGACGGCCUAUCGCAGAGGAGAGAAGACCAUGUACAGGAGGAAGUCCCAGUGCUGCCCAGGUUUCUUCGAAAGUGGAGAGAUCUGUGCACCUUUUUGUGCUGAGAGUUGUGUUCACGGCCGUUGUAUGGCCCCCAACACCUGCCAGUGUGAGCCGGGGUGGGGGGGCUCCAACUGCUCCAGCGCCUGUGACAGUAACCACUGGGGUCCCCACUGCAGUAACAGAUGCCAGUGCCAGAACGGAGCACUGUGUAACCCCAUUACUGGAGCCUGUAUCUGCACCCCAGGCUUCAGGGGCUGGCGCUGCGAGGCCCAGUGUGAAGUGGGCACCUACGGUAACGGGUGCCAACAGAAAUGCCAGUGCCAGAACGGAGCCACCUGUCACCAUGUGACCGGAGAAUGCAAGUGCACACCAGGAUACACAGGAGCUUUCUGUGAAGACCUGUGUCCUCCAGGUAAACACGGGCAGCAGUGUGAGGAGAGAUGUCCUUGUCAGAAUGGAGGAGUGUGUCACCAUGUCACCGGAGAGUGUUCCUGUCCCGCUGGAUGGAUGGGUACAGUGUGUGGUCAACCCUGUCCAGAAGGACGAUUCGGACAGAACUGUUCCCAGGAAUGUCAGUGUCACAACAACGGCUUCUGUGUUUCAUCUUCUGGACUGUGUCUCUGCAGCCCUGGUUACACUGGAGAACGGUGCCAGGACGAGUGUCCAGUUGGGACGUAUGGUGCAGGCUGCACAAAGACAUGUCGCUGUAAGAACAACAGCAAAUGCUACCACACCAAUGGAAUGUGUCUGUGUGACCCAGGAUACACAGGGGAGACAUGUGACACCCGACUGUGUCCUGAGGGACGCUACGGCCUCAGGUGUGAUAAGAAGUGUCCCUGUUACGUCCACAACACACGCAGCUGCCACCCGAUGUCAGGGGAGUGUUCGUGUCAGCCCGGUUGGUCUGGCCUCUACUGCAACGAGACAUGCACCCCAGGAUUUUACGGCGAGUCCUGCCAGCAGGUGUGCCAGUGCCAGAAUGGUGCUGACUGCCACAGUGUGACCGGAGAGUGUAUCUGUGCCCCAGGAUUCACGGGUCCAAACUGUUCCGUGGCUUGUCCAGUAGGAACACAUGGAAUAAACUGCUCGUCCAGCUGUAACUGUAAGAACGGAGCCCAGUGUUCACCUGUGGACGGAUCCUGCUCCUGUAAAGCAGGAUGGCAUGGAGUGGACUGUUCUAUCAACUGCCCCAGUGGGACCUGGGGUCUGGGCUGUAACCACACCUGUAUGUGUGGGAAUGGAGGAGCAUGUAACGCCCUGGACGGUCACUGUACCUGUGCCCCGGGAUGGAGGGGAGACCGCUGUGAAUUCCACUGUCAGGAUGGGACCUAUGGACUGGACUGUAACGAGCGCUGUGACUGCAGCCAUGCAGAUGGAUGCCACCACUCCACAGGACACUGCCGCUGCCUGGCAGGGUGGACCGGUAUUCACUGUGACAGUGUGUGCGCUGAGGGCCGCUGGGGCCCCAACUGCUCCCUUCCCUGUAACUGUAAGAACGGAGCGUCCUGUUCUCCAGACGAAGGCACCUGUGAAUGUGCUCCAGGAUAUAGAGGCACCACCUGUCAAAGGAUCUGUUCUCCGGGUUACUUUGGCCACCGCUGCAGUCAGACCUGCCCACAGUGCGUCCACAGCAAUGGACCGUGUCACCACGUCUCAGGACAGUGUGAUUGUCUGCCGGGGUUCAAGGGGGCGCUGUGCAAUGAAGUGUGCCCCAGUGGUCGCUUUGGGAAAAACUGUGCCUGGAGCUGCAGCUGCACCAACAACGGCACCUGUAACCCCAUCGACGGGUCCUGUCAGUGUUACCCAGGGUGGAUCGGCAGCGACUGUUCACAGCCGUGUCCUCCUGGUCAGUGGGGACCAAACUGCAUCCACACAUGUAACUGUCACAACGGAGCCUUCUGCAGCGCUUACGAUGGAGAAUGCAAAUGUACCCCGGGAUGGACGGGCCUUUACUGCACACAGCGUUGUCCAUUAGGUUUCUAUGGGAAGGACUGUUCUCAGAUGUGUCAGUGCAGGAACGGCGCUGACUGCGACCACAUCUCAGGACAGUGCACCUGUCGCACCGGCUUCAUGGGACGCCACUGUGAACAAAAGUGUCCUCCUGGUUCAUACGGUUACGGCUGCCGUCAGGUUUGUGAGUGUCUUAAUAACUCCACCUGCGAUCACAUGACCGGUACCUGUUACUGCAACCCAGGCUGGAAGGGAGCCCGCUGCGACCAAGCUGGUGUGGUGGUGGUGGGCAGUCUCAACAGUUUGACCAGUGCAGCCAUGCAGGUCGACACCUACCAGAUUGGAGCCAUCGCAGGCAUCAUUGUUUUGGUACUGCUGGUGCUCUUCCUCCUCCUCCUCUUCAUCAUCUACAGGAAGAAGCAGAAGGGAAAAGAGCCCACCAUGCCCGCUGUGACAUACACUCCAGCUAUGAGGGUCACUGCUGAUUAUACUAUUGCAGAUGCCCACCCACCACCAUGUGAAGGCCACCCCAGUAAUUACUUUUCCAACCCCAGCUACCACACUCUGAACCAGUGCAUCAGCCCCCCACUGGUUAGCAACCCUCCAUACGGAAAGACCAAAAACAACCAGCUGUUUGUGAACAUGAAGAACGUGGACCAGAGGAAGAGAACUCUAGGUGAUCACACCGGCACUCUACCUGCAGACUGGAAACAAGGGGACUGCUUCAAUGAACUGGGGGCCUAUGGGAUUGACACGAGAUACAUGGGAAAAUCAUUACGAGAUCUGGUGAAGGGCACACCCUAUCAUGCCAGCUCCUCUUCCCUCAACAGUUCUGAAAACCCAUAUGCCACAAUAAAGGACCCCCCUCUUCUGACCACCAAAAGUACAGAGUGUGGCUACGUGGAGAUGAAGUCACCAGCAAGACGGGAUUCACCAUAUGCGGAAAUCAGCAACAGCAGCCCAACCAACAACAGGAAUGUCUAUGAAGUUGAGCCGACUGUGAGCACUAUCCAUCCUACUGGCAUGAGCAAUGGCCAUGUUCAGAUUGGCCAGGAUCCCUAUGAUCUACCAAAAAAUAGCCACAUCCCCUGUCACUAUGACCUCCUGCCAGCCAGAGAGAGUCCGACCUCAGAGGAAAACGAUCUGGACAGUGAUUGAUGGUAGAGACUCAGUACAGAGACCAGGUCCACCUCCAAACAGGAAGACUAUACCCACGACAUACUGCCACAUUUCUUGCUGUUUUACUUUGACACUAUUGUUGCAAUUAUGUAUCAUGACUUUCAGAACGAGUGGGUAUAGGAGAGCAUGGAGGUGAGUUUUUUGAUAUAUAGCUGUUAUUCUCUACAGCUAUUUUUAAACUGCAAUGAAGGCUUCGCUGGUCAUUCCACAGAUCUGAGGUUUCAGGCCUCAGUAUGGCUCGAAGAAACUACACCGACCUGUCCCACACAGAACAUCUUAUAUCUGUCCUACACAGAUACACAAUUCACUUUUCAAGAACUGUUUUUUAAUCUUUGCAGUCUCUCGACAAAGGGAUUCAUGGUGCUGCAUACAUGCAAAUUGCCAGAAGUAGCUCUGAGAAAGAUGAGCAUGAUGAGUGGGAUUGCACUGAAAAAAACAAGUGCCUUCAGAUGUAAACGCUUUCAUCAAAUGUGGGUUACAAUGUGUUGAGCAAGUAGUUCGAGGCAUACUGAGGCCUUAAUGAUAUUUUCAUAUAACAGUCAGUACCAAUUAAAUCUCUAUUUUUGUAUAACAACAGUAUUAGAGCUAGAACAGCUAAUUAGCUUGGAUAUUAGUAAAUGUAUGGAAGGAUAUUGGUUGUGCUUUUUCUUUUACUUUAAUUUCAUGAAGAGCAGAUGUCAAAAUGCUGACAGCGGACACAUUUGUGAUGUUUGUAUGUGGUAAUGGUAUCAAAGUAAUCAGACAGUGUUUGAUUAGUGUUUAAGUUAACCAAAGGUACAAGUGCCAUUUAAAGUCGAUUUCCAUCAGCAUACAGCUGAGGUUUACAAACUGUAAAAUCAAAGAGGGUCCAAGCUGAACUCACUUUCAUGGUAACAUUCAGUCUUAUAUCAAAUAAGAUAGGUCUCAGCACACACACAUCUGAAUUUAUUUUGUCAUAAUUACAAAUCCAUGAGCAAAUAUGUUUCACAUUUUGACAUUUUCAAUCAUUUUUCUUUUUAAUAUUGUUCCUGCAGCAGCUUACAUUACCGUUUUCACUCUUAAUUUUAGGUAAUUUGAUGCAGAUUCCAUGCAGUUUCCUUUGAAUUGUAGUAUCAUAAUAUGCAGAUGAUAUACUACAUAAAGCACAUAAAAAUAGUGAUGUCAUUUUGCUUUAAACAGACAUAUAUUACGGUGAUCCUGUACAUCUCAAAGUACAUAUCAAAUCCAUCCGUGUUUGACAGGAGGACAUUCACCCAAUGCAGUGAAAUUCCAUGACUAUUUCCAGGUCUUUAGUGUCUGUAAAGCAAAAAUGUCCAUAUGGCAGCACUAUUAGUAAGUAGUAAGUUUUUUUUGUGUUAACUAUCUUCUUUCAUGUUAAAAUAACUAGAUAGUGAGUCCAUCAACAAGUGCCUUUUGCUUUCUGUAGCAGUUAAGUAUCCCUCAUCUGGUUGGAUGUAGCAGCUCCUCCAGACUGUGCUGCACUGUGAACUAGGAUGCACCAUGUUUUUAGCAUCCAAUCACCAGCAACAAUUUCAAUUCAAGCUGUUUGUUGUGGUCAAGUGGCAACCCUCAGUGCUAAAAGAUGAAGGUAAAACCUGCAGCUCUGCAAAUGGCCACUUGAUAUCAAAACAUGAGUCAAUCCCCACAGACCCCAGUGUUAAAAUACCCAGAGAUUAAUGUGUUUACAACCUGAUAGAAAACACAGACAUUGUUCCUAACAGAUAUACAUAUUGUAGUUGUGGUUGUGACGUUCCACUAACAAGACUAUCCAAAGGAGUCUGUCACCAAUGCUAAUUGCUAAUUUUCCACUGUUAGCUUUAAUUGGUAGUGCAUUUCAGUCAUCUAAGUAGCUGUUUAAUUGUCUGUGUUAAUGUUUAGAAAGUAGUUGUUGUUAGUUCUCGUGGCGUUGUAGUAGUUCGGUCACAUUUCGAUUAAGUUAGCAUUAGCUUGGCAAGAGUCACCCUUCGAUGUUAGCAUUAAUGUGGUCCAUCUAACCAGCUAAUUUCCAUCAGUGCUAAUUCAGUGUUCAGAUUGGUGUUCUCAAACAUAACUGCAUGUGUUAACCUUUAGUAAAUAGGUGAAAUUGCUCAGUUGCAUGUGACAUUACAGAGUUUAACAUAACCCUCCUGGCUCUUCUCCAGUUUUUUCCUAAUACGGUCACUUCAAAAUAGCAGUAAUGCCACAGCAGCUACUUCCACAGCCUUUAUGUACUGUACAGCUGUGCAGAAGUUUCAUAACUGUAAUAGUUCUUCUGGAAAGAGCACUUUGAAUUGUCUUGAAAUAUGAGCAACCAAGGCAGGGUUAGGGUGAGAUAAUUAAAUAAUGGAAUAAAAACAAAUAUCUUCAAUGAGCACUGGGGCAAACUGAUAUUAUUGGGUCAACUGCUGUUGUAUAAAAUGAGUGAAAUUUGUAAAGUAAUUUUCAUAAAGGGGACAUAAAGAAUUCUAAUUUGAUAUACUAAGGUAGAUAAAUGCUUUUUGUUUUUUUGUGUUGCUUAUUUUGUUGAUAUACUGAAUAAUGUUUUUAGUGUUAUGCAUGACUUAUUUUUGUUUGUAUAGAACUGUUUAUUUUGGUAUACAACAGAGGCUGCACUGGUUUUGUCAUCACUGUUACGGAAUGGAUGCUAAAAAGAAUUUUUUAACAUUUUACAUGAAAGAAGAUCAAGUAUGCAGCAUGGUAAAUAAGUCUACCCUUAAAUGUCAAAAACGAAGGAACUCCAAUAUUUUUUUCUAAAGGGGCUCUGAAAAACCUGAUCUUUUGUUUGUUUGGGCUUGUAGUCUGAGGUCAGUGUACAGUUUGCUCUCUUUCACUGCAGGGAUCACCACCCUGGUGAAAGGGUUUUACUUGCAUUUUUACUGGUUCAAAACAGAUUUUGGAUGUACAUUUUUAGAUGGAAAAGUCACAGAAAGUAAGAGAAAGUAGCUGAAGGUGUGACUAUGAAACAAGAGGCACUUAUAUUAGUAUUGAUUUUAUUUCCUGUUUGUGUGAAGAUGCGAUACAAUUUUGAUAUGCCAAAGAAGACUCCAUGACACUGAUGCUGUCACAACAAGGCUGAUUUGUAUCCAUUAUUUUAUUUUAUUUUAUUUUAUUUUAUUUUAUUGCUCCUAUCUGCUUGCUGCGCAUUGUGGGUCCUUGUGUGUGGUUUAUGUUGCAUCAUUGCUCUAUGUUAUAUCUCCCUUUUCUGAGACUUCAUCCUCCAGCUUCCUGUAGGCGUCUUCCUCCCAGAUUUAAUUGGCGUAGCAUUUUCAGGAGUAUCACAACUAUUUAUUUGAUAAAAGACAAAUAUGCUAACUAGAAGGAAACAACAUACAAACGGCUAACAUCCUCACUCCGCCAACUGAAGUCAUCCCAACACUAAAGCCUGUUGCUGGUCUAAAAGGGCUCAACAUCCACAUCUAAUAAGUAAAGCUUGAGCUGGACUUUAGCUUAGAAAGAUUAACUGUAACAGGAGCAACUGACAUCAAGAGUCGUUCAUAAAAAUAUUCAGAAACGUCCAGAAAAAUAUUGCUUUUAAAUGAUUGUACAUGUUUCUUUUUCCUCUUCUUCAUCUUCUACUCUGAAUGGCCGAAAAUAGCGAACAGUCUUAAGCUAUUCUGAGCCUAUUUGUAAAAUAAUGUAUAUAUUUUGAUCUGUUCUGAUGUAAAAAUGUAAAUCACCUGAUGUCUUACAUCCAAAACUGAAAACAGGAGAAAAGGGGUAUUAGGUUUAACCAUUACGGAAACUGGAAAACCUGAGUCUUUUCUUUUUCUGUAAUCUUCUCUAUUUCUAAUCUGCAGAGUUCAACGUAUGUAAAUGACCACUAAAGAUGUUUGCUAUGAAAGGAAUGCUUUAGACGUUCCUUUGGUUAACACAUGAAUCCCUGUGUUCACUCUAAUUGAUGUGUUUGACUCUGGUUACCACUUAACAUUUGUUCUCUACACUAAACAAUCAUCUGGAAUACUAUGUUUUAUGCUUUUUUUUUGUCAAUGUAGUGCUGUUUGCACGGAUGCUUUUGAAUAAAAUUAUAUGAUAUGACAAAUGA